CUCCUAAGGCUAGAGUCCCGUCACGGAGCUCCUGGCCGCCGGCACCAUGAACACCAUCGUCUUCAACAAGCUCGGCGGCGCUGUGCUCUUUGAGGAACGGGGCGCGGCAGACCGGGAGCGCAGCAGCCGGCCCUACGGCGGCGUCCUGGACGGUCCCCACGCCUGCCCCGAAGUGGGCAUUGCGGACGGUCCGCCCCUCAAGGACAACCUGGGCCUGAGACACCGGAGGACCGGGGCCCGGCAGAGCGGCGGGAAGGUGAGGCACAAGCGGCAGGCCCUGCAAGACAUGGCGCGGCCACUGAAGCAGUGGCUCUACAAGCACCGCGACAACCCGUACCCCACCAAGACCGAGAAGAUACUCCUGGCCCUCGGCUCGCAGAUGACGCUCGUGCAGGUGUCAAAUUGGUUUGCUAACGCGAGACGUCGGCUCAAGAACACGGUCCGGCAGCCCGAUUUGAGCUGGGCUUUGAGAAUAAAGUUGUACAACAAAUACGUGCAAGGCAAUGCCGAGCGGCUCAGCGUGAGCAGCGACGAUUCCUGCUCUGAAGAUGGAGAAAACCCUCCGAGACCGCACACGAGCGAGGGGAGCUAUCGCGGCCCGGUGCACCAUCCUGUGAUCAAAAGUGAGGGCGCGGUGAUCAAAGCCGGCGAGGACUACGUCUCACCCCCCAAAUACAAGAGCAGCUUGUUGAACCGUUACCUUAACGACUCUUUGACGCACGUCAUGGCCACGGGCACUGCCAUGAUGGGGAAACCAAGGCAAAGAAACCAUUCGGGAUCUUUUAGCUCCAAUGAAUUUGAGGAGGAACUGGUGUCUCCGUCGUCGUCCGAAACCGAAGGCAAUUUUGUCUACCGCACAGAUGCUCUGGAAAAUGGAUCCAGUAAGGGCCACAGCGCAGCUCACAGAAAGGGACCGAGCAAGGAUGACACGUACUGGAAGGAGAUCAAUGCGGCCAUGGCCUUAACAAACCUUGCCCAGGGACAGGACAAGCUGCAGGGAACCACGAGCUGCAUCAUCCAGAAGUCCUCCCACAUAGCGGAAGUGAAGACCGUCAAGGUGCCCCUGGCGCGGCCGUUCUGAGAGUGCGUCUGAAGGGUGCCCCUCCGCAGCCCUGUGUGUUCGCAGCGCUCCUCAGGGAGUGCACAGGACUCCCGCCCAAGCCUCCUCGUAUUUUUCAGUAUCCUAAAUAUAUCAUUUAGUCACUUCUACAAAAGACAUAUAAAUUAUAAAAAAACCUCAUUUUAUUCAAAAAUAUUAACUUAUUUUAUGUUACUCAACCUAUGCAUAAAACGUCUGCAUCCCCAUUACAGUAAGUGCCUUGCUUCUGGAAAACCAGCUCCAACGCGGGCAUAGUGGGACAGCUGUGCCUCAAAACAAAACGCCAACCCGCUGUGCUUCUUAGUCUGUGUACCUCACCCAGACCGACCUAACCAUUUCAGGACGGAAACCAGAGUUGCUGAGUGCCCUUGAAAUAUACUGGGUAAUUCACAUGUUAAAACGUGGGUAUCUGACCAGUGCAGAUGAAGCCAUGUCCCUUUUUUAAAAAAUUACUUUACUGAAAACUGUUCAGUGUGCUUUUCAGAGUACUGACAGAAUUUCACACAUGUAUUUUGCCUGCAUAUCUGAUGUUACCAUCUCCCAAAAAUGAAACGUGCAGCAAUCCACAAAAGGCACACAGUUAAGAAGUGAUUCCUACAGAUUAAUUGGAAAUUGCAAAGAAUACAUAGUGAUCAGAAACCCCCUUUUUUUUUUCAAGCGCUGCUGGAAUCACCACAAUGCCCUUUAGAAUUUAUUUGGAUUUUCUUUUCCUGACGUUCCCCUGAUGAUUUAAAAAUACUUUAUUGCAUAAAUAACUGAACAUUCUCCUGUAGAAAACCAAACCUAUAGUUUAGUUUUAAAACAUAAUCCUGUUUGUAUUAGAGUUUAGUGGGGAUUUUUUAUGAUGGAAACUUUUUCAUAUGGAAUGACUAAAAGCUUUUUAUUUGGUUCAUUUCAAAAUUACAAUUGCUGAUGGACAAUUUGUAUUUCAAUGAGAACAAGACAAUGAAGGAAAUGUAUCUCUGUGACUAUACACAUGUACACAUAAAAUUGACUUUCAGAUUUAAAACAUAUGGCAAACAAAACACUGAGCAGUCUCUGGAUUUGGCCAAGGAGGAUAGUUAAGUAAAAAUUAAAUUAAAUCAAGCAUUAAAAGAAAGAACAUUUUGUUUCUAAAUUAGACUAUCAUUGAAUGAGAAUAAUCAAUAUCAAGAGAAAACUAUCUUUUUCAGUCAAACAGUAAUUUCUAAUCAUCUUGGAAAGACUUGAAUCUUUCUUUAAACAGUGGAGAUGCCAAAUAUAACAGAAUGUAUGUACAUCAGAGAAGGAAAGAGGUACUGGACUCUUUUAUGGUGGGAUUUUUCUUUUUCUGGGUAUGUAAUCUAUUUUGUAAUUUUUUAAAACUGGAAAGCAUUUUUUGUGAGUGUGAAUAAGAGCCAAUAGUACAGCCAUAUGGUGACAUUUUUCUUUGUUUUGCAAAAUGCUUUUAAAACCAAAGGCUGCUCUGGUUAAAAUAUGGACUGUAUCAAUCUCGAUAUAAAUUGUGGAACACUUUUUCAUGUAACAUAGCAUUUGGGAAUUGGGAUUAUUUAGUGUAAUGAAGAUAAUUUGAUAUGAAAAUAUUUUGUGUAUAUUUUUACUUUGU